AUGUCCGACGAGGAGCUGGACAAGGUUCUCCACCUCCUGGUUGCGGAGGAUCACGGGUACCCGCCUGAUACCCAUCUUCCACUGUACCACCGCCCGGAUGGGGCAAAGAUCGCCGCCGCCAUGCCUGUCUUCAACAAGUGCGGGCUCGUGCCGCCCGCGCCUACCGGGGCCCCGGCGGCGGCGGCCCCGGUGAUGGUGUCCUUCGGCGAGUCCGGUGAGGAGGAAAGGCCUGACUCAGAGGCGACCUGGGAAGGGUCGGGGGAGACUCCCCCUUUUUGUGCGGUGGAUCUCCUACGCACCUUCCGUGACGACGACGAGGCUUGCGAGCAUCCGGUGAGGGAGUCACCGAACCCUGUCGAGGUCACGACAAGGUCCGAGGGCACCCCACCAAAGAAGCCGCCGGCCAGGUUUCUUGUUGUCUCCCUCCGCAUUGAUAGGCCUCCGUCGGUGGUGAAGAAGAAGAAGGGGACGACCACAACCACUGAGGCCCGGCAGCUAGCUGCUGCCGCGCCUCCUCCGACGCGUAGGGAUGGCGACGACUCCCGAGCCUCAGCGUCUGGGUCAUCCUCGCUAAAUCCAGAAGCCCGGCCUCGGGAGAAGGCGAUCUCCACAGCCAAGCUGGCUCCUAAGGCCUCCGCCCCCAGCUCACCUGCUAAGGUCAUGAAGGCUCAGGAGCCCCCGGCUCCUCUUGCUGCCGCAAACCUACAGAACCUGGUGUCGAUGUCGUCUCUUCCCACUUCUGUUGCACCGCUCGGCCGUGAUCCCCCUGCUUCGCCUGGCGCCCUGGAGGACGCCCUUCUCGCGCUGACCCAGCUUCGCAAUGACCUGUAG